AUGCUUGUGGCAUUCGCCUCGGGGCUGGCAAAGUCGCGAAGAAAGGAUAUCUUCGAUUGUAUUACGGAGUCUCACCUUAUCAACCUGAGGAAAUUUGUCUACAUCGGUCUUCAAGAUAUAGAUAAAGCGGAAGAAAAUCUUACCAUGCAAAAUAGCAUCAAGACAUUCACUAUGGAUGAUGUGAGUGAUGGUAUUCAAACGAUCAUGGAUCUUGCACUAGAAUAUCUUGCCGAUAAAACGCCGAUACAUAUAUCGUACGACAUCAGUUCGUUUGAUCCUGAGGUGGCACCCUCUACUGGUUUCCCUGUUUCUCGGGGGCUAUCUCUUGAAGAGGGCAUCUUUAUCUCGCACCGCAUCCAUGCCACCCGGAAUCUUAUUGCUAUGGAUCUGGUUGAGAAAACCCACUAA